AUGUUCACAGAAAAGCUUUGCCAAUUAUGUAACACUGAGGAAAGCGAACUUGUGUGCUUUUGUAAAAAAAUAGUAUUGUGCAGCUCUUGUAUAGGAAAGCAUCUCAUUUCUGAUCCUUCAGGCCAGCACAAACCAGUGCCUUUAAGCCAGAGCCACCUUACUUCCGUUUUGGCCGUGAAUUUUGAAAAAGUCAAAGCCGAAGAGUCACAAAUAAUUGCUGAUCUGUCUCAAAAGCAUAGUAUUAAUAUUGAAAUACAACAAAAAUUCGAAAAAGAGCUGAAAAUAAUUGAUGAUUUCCAAAGUCUGUCAAUACAGCUAAUAACAGAAUCAGUAAAAAUAAUUGAAUCAGAUUUAUUGGCUUUUGCUGAUGAACUUACUCAAAGGGUAGUAAACCAAUGUGGUAUAGUAAAGUCAAAGCUGCAGAAUGAGUUAAAUGAAAUUAAAAAAGGAAAUUUUGACUUUGAUGAGCUGACUUAGGCUUUCAAAAAAAAUAAAAGUAUUUUCCUAUAUAAAAAAAACCUGUUUAUUAUUUUUUAUAUAUUUUCAGCUGACUAAGUAUCUAUCCGAAUUAUUCCUAUAAAAAAAUAUAUUUAAUUGUUUUUAUUAGCCUGGAUUAUUUUGAAUUUUAGAAAUAAAGCAAAUAAAUUUAAAAAGCUAGAAAAAUCAGUAUUAAUGGUAUAACAACAAGCGAAGAAGUGGAAAAAUAUCAGCUUAUAAACAAAAAUGCUGAUUUUAUAGAUUUCAAUCUGAAAAACCUAAUAGAAAAAUAUUUUGUCUUUGAUAUCGACAUCAACCCAAUUGGGAUGAGUCGUCCUGAAUCUCCUCUGAUCCAAACAUCUAAUAAAAAGUAUCACAUUUCUCUAUCAAUUACUGACAAUGAUAUUGACGAGCCAAGUAUUCCUGCCCCUCAGUCAACAAAAUCUAAAAUAGGUCGAAUCCCAAGCUUUAUCGGCUCAAAAACCCCAACUGCAAAAAUCAACAGAUCUCCUCCACGCUUUAGGAGAAAUUCAAAAGUUGAGAAUUUAUUACCUAACAGCACUUUGUCCUCAUUCGAGCAAGAAUCUCUCGAUUUUGGCUCCGACCAGACUAUUUCUCCUAUCUCAAGUGUAAAUGCUUCAUUUAGUGAUUUUGCAACUAAUAUCCCGAAAAUCACCAAAAUGAAAUCCUCAAAUGAUAUAGAAGCCUUAGGGUCGACCAAAUUUAAGCUACCAGCCUUACUAUUCUAUUUAAUACCUGAAAUCCAAGCAGUGGCUACAUAUAAUCCUGCCAGUGACGAAAUCGAUAAAAUGCCAAUUGUGAAAAAAGAAGCUUGUUUAGAAGGAGCAGCAUGGACUGUUGUGUCAAAUAAUCUGCUUUAUAUUACAGGAGGAUACCAAUCAGCUGCUAAAAAAACGGCAUGGAUUUACAAUAUAACUACAUCAGAGCUCAGUAUUGGGCCAUCAAUGAAGACUGCAAGACAUAGCCACGCAAUGGUGUGUUUAAAUGAUAUAAUUUAUGUUUUCGGAGGACAAGGGAGUAAUAGCUUAAGAGAAUGCGAAAAAUUAGUCAUGAGCAGCAAAUCCUGACAGUCGCUCAGUAAUCUAACUGUUCCAAGAGCUUCUCCAUCUGCUUGUGUAUAUAAAGGAUAUAUUUAUAUUGGAGGCGGGCAAAGCCAUGACUCAAUUGAGAAAUAUUCAUAUUUAAACAACGUUUUUACAAUGCUAAAAAUUAAGCUGCCGACUGUAGGAAAAUGCUUGCUGGUUUAUACACAUGACCAAAUAAUUAUUUUCCAAAAUAAAUUGGCAUUGUUUAUUGACCCUGUAAAAGGAGUCAUUAAAAAUUCUGUAGAAAUCCCUGAAGACGACUGAUGGAGUCCUGGAAACUCACUAGCAUUGGGAAGAAGCAUUUAUUUUGUGACAAAAUAUAUAGUGUACAGAUUUGAUUUAGAUUUAAAAGAUAUAGGGCUUUCCCUUGAAUAGCCCGAUAACGGGAUGAAGCCAGCCCGUUAUCGGGCUAUUCAAGGGAAAGCCCUAUAUAUUUCCUUUGGCAGAUCUGCAUAGAAAAGUUAAUUAA